CUUACGUAGUAUUCAAGAUGGCGACUUAUUACUAGGGGAUUUGGAAUUGUAAAUCCGUCAAAAAAUAAUUUUAGAUGAUUUGUAGGAAUUAAUUGAAAUAUUAUAUUAAGUAUUUUAAUUAUAAGCUAUGCCCUUGUUCGGUAAAAAGGAUUCUCAGCGUAAAAAGGAGAAAGAAACAACGAAUGUUGAAGAUAAAUAUGAAUUUAAAGAUCUACUUGGAACGGGUGCUUUUUCUCAAGUGGUGCUAGCAGAAAGCAGAGAUGAACCUGGAAGAAUGUGUGCCAUCAAAUGCAUUGACAAGAAAGCAUUGAAAGGAAAAGAAGAUUCUCUAGAAAAUGAAAUUAAAGUUCUUCGACGGUAAGUUAAGCAUUGUUUUUGAUAGAUAUGAUUUUAUUUGAAUAAUUUAAAGUUUAAAUUCAAAUUUUAUAUUUUUGAAUUAUCAUGGGUACGUUCAUAAAGUCAAACGAGUUAAAUGAGAAUGACAUCAUCGUUAUUCUUAUUUCAUUAGACUUUUUGACUGACUCGUUUAAAACUAAAUGACUGUUUUUAAAAUUGAAGAUUUAGAAUAUGAAUGUUGCUAGUGAAGCCUUAUUUGAAACAUUUUUCUUAGAUUGCUUUGGGUGAACAGUUACUUCUAUCAUUCCACCUCUUAAUUCACAAUUUAAACACUCCAGUAGAUUUAGAAACAUCGAUAUCUCCAGAUGCCAUUUUCUUAAUGAAAUAAACUUUUUCCUUCGUGAUCUUCAUUAGAGUUUCAUUCGAAACGUCAUCACCAUAGAGCAUGUGCACUAAGCAAGACUACUACUUUCUGACCGAUUCAUUACUAGCAUGUUUAACUCAUUUGACUUUACAAAUGUACCCUAUAUAUAUAUACUGUAUAUACAUAUUAGCUGAUU